UGGCGAAGAUUCAGUACCGGUAGAUCGAGGAGAUGGAUGGAAGAGUUGCAAUGGAGAAGUUGCUAGCCAGGCAGUAUACAGAUCGGACCAAGCUUGGCGUGAUCGUCGGCGAUGAUUUAAUGCUUUUUUAGUGCGCUGCAAUGCCGUCAGUCUCUCUUCUCCGCUUCUCCUCCCCAAGCUCUCCGUUUACUUAUUUCCAAUCCACGCCUCCCCAGACAACCCCUUGAACCAACCCCUCUCACCCAAUUUCCACCCCCAUCAUGCUCACACGCCAUACAUCUCGCGCGCUUCUUUCCUCGUCCAUCGCCCCUCGCCUCGGCAGACUCGCAGGACCCUCCGCAUCGACCCGCUUCCCAAGUUUAAAGCCCAUUGCCCAACGCUCUUCUAACGGCCGAGGCUUCCAUUCCACCCCUGCUAUCUGCAAAGGCAUCCAGCCUGACUCGUCCGACCCUCAUCCCCCGCACCCACAGUCGUCCAAUCCCGGCGGAGCUCCCUCGCACGUCUCCGAACCUUCGCCUCUAUCGAAGCAGCGCUAUCACGAGUAUGCCGAGCACUACUUGAACGUCGUGCUCACUGAGAUCGAAGACCUCCCAGAGGAUGGGCCGGAGAUGGAAGCUGAAUACCACGCCGGUAUUCUCACUGUCUCCGUCGGCGGCGUCGGAACAUAUGUCCUCAACAAGCAGCCAGCUCUCCACCAGAUCUGGCUUAGCUCCCCAAUUUCAGGGCCAAGGCAAUUCGACUGGGUUAUGGAGGGGGACCAGAUGCACGAAAAGCAGGACACGCGGCCGGUUAAUGGACAGUGGGUAUGCUUGAGGGACGACUCAAACCUGACGGACCUGUUGAAUGGGGAGUUGGGUUUGAGCCUACCGAAGGAUGUUUAUAGUGGGGCUGAUCAGUAGUGCUUGCUUUGAUUACAUAUUGAGUUAGGUGUUGGCUUUAUUGUUGUAUUACUUGAAAGAGCUAUAUGCUGGUGUUGGUGUAGGAUAAGAUAGGAUAGAAUGAGGAGCCAAACUUGAAUUUUCCUCUUUGCUUAGUUUUCGGCGACUGGUAACCAUUAAUCGCCGUGUAUAUAUACAAUCUCGAAUUGGACAAUCAUUGGGUCUAGGUAGUAGGUGACGGUAGUAGACUGCAGGGUUUGACGGUAGUCUUGGGCCCUGACUAUAUGCAACCGAGUUUCUCUCAAGCUUAGUAUGACGCCGACUUAAUUAACC